AUCAUGGCUAAUAACACAACAAGUUUAGGGAGUCCAUGGCCAGAAAACUUCUGGGAGGAUCUUAUAAUGUCCUUCACAGUGUCCAUGGCCAUUGGACUUGUAAUUGGAGGAAUGAUUUGGGCCCUGUUCGUUUGCUUGUCUCGAAGAAGAGCCAGUGCUCCCAUCUCGCAGUGGAGUACCAGCCGGCGACCUAGGUCUUCCUACAACCACGGACUCAACAGAACUGGGUUUUACCGCCAUAGUGGCUGUGAACGUCGCAGCAACCUCAGCCUGGCCAGUCUCACGUUCCAGCGACAAGCUUCCAUGGAGCAAGCAAAUUCCUUUCCAAGAAAAUCAAGUUUCAGAGCAUCUACUUUCCAUCCUUUUCUGCAAUGCCCACCACUUCCCGUGGAAACUGACAGUCAUCUGAUGACUCUCCCUUCGUCCAGUACCUCUCCCGCCGUCAACACAUCCCGCAGCCUGAGCCGUCCUGAUUAUCACUGGUCCAGUAACAGCCUUCGCAUCGGCUUUUCCACACCGCCCCCUCCACCUGCAUAUGAGUCUAUCAUAAAGGCAUUUCCAGAUUCCUGA